AUGAAGAGCUUCUUGAGCUUCCUGUCUUUGUUAGCCCUUGCAGUGGCUAAGUGUCCUUCUGAUUGGUUCAGUGAUGGGGAUGGUAUGUGCUAUAAGAUAUUCACUGACCUUUUGCUCGAACCAAAGGCUUCCGAAUCAUGCGAGUCAUUGGGAGGUUCAUUGGUUAUGAUCAAGAAUGCUUUUACAGAAGCUGCUUUGUACUCUCAGAAAAGCUCAACAAAUGUGAUUUGGAUUGGAAUCAACUGUAGAGGAAGCCAAAUUACAAACUGUUAUUACGAGGACGGAACACAAUUGACUGCCAAUUCCUACAACAAUUUCUACCCCGGAUAUCCUGAUGUGAACAAGGGGCUGUGCACUUACAUGGUUCUCAGUGGAGCAAGCGCUGGAAAAUGGUACAACAUCGAUUGUAAUAAUAUUCCUUUCGGAUAUGCAUGCCAGAAAAACGAAGACAGUUUCACUUCAUGUCCACCAGGUUAUACUUUACGAGGUGAUAACUGCUAUAAGGUUUUGGUCGAUGCUUUAUCCUAUUCCGAUGCUGAGCAAGUAUGUGCCACUAGUUGUGGACAUAUUACGAGCAUUGGCACUAACGAUGAAAACAACUAUGUCAUGCAGUUAGCACAGAACAGUUCUGAUUCUUCAAUGUUCGCUCGUAUUGGUCCCAAGUAUAAUGGAAACCGAUAUUGUAACCCAUGUGGCGUGAACUGUUGUGAUAGUGUAACUUAUUCAAACUUUGCUCACCCAAACACCGAUCUCGGAGAUUGUGUAGGAAUAGCUCUCACAAACGAUUUAGUCCCACAAGGAAAUUGGAUGAACACCUACUGCGACAAGCCAAUGUUAUCUGUUUGCAAAACAGAAGUGAACAUGUAUCCCUGCCAGGCUCCUUCUGUCCCUACUUCUAAUCCGCAUUCAACACCAUCAUACACGAGUUGCAGCUCACCACAAUACUAUGAUAAUAACGGAACUGUACACUCUCCUACUAAAGCCAUGAACACCCCAUGUACUUACAUAAUCAGCGUAAAGAAGGGAUAUCAAGCUGCGAUUACAUUCAAGCAGUUCAACUUCCAUGGUGAAAAGACGACAACACUAGAACUCUAUAAUGACAUUUUGGAUAGAACUCCUUUCAAAACUUUGAGAUAUACGGAUAACCCAGUUAAUCAAAUUUUCAUUUCGCAAGAAGAGUCUAUGAAAGUCAUAUUUACCUCAUUGAGCAAUUCAGUCGCUUCAUGGUCUUUCGACUUCGGGCCUGAGUUUACUGCUUAUUCUCCUACUCCAGCAGCUUUAGGAACUGGAUGUAACGCAGGACUUCUUUCCGCUCCUGGAACUAUUACUAGCCCAAAUUAUCCAAACUACUAUCCUGAUAAUACCAAUUGUCACUAUCAGCUUACUGCUGGGGCAAACAAAAGAAUUUACCUUUACUUCUCUGAUGUUCGAACGGAAUCUUGGGAUGUGAUUGAUGUUUAUGAUGGAGCAACUACCAACUCUCCUCACCUUGGAAGUCUGUCUGGAUUCUUCCCUUCAAACACAAACUUCACAUCAUCUGGGGCAUUUAUGCUGGUGACGUUCGUUUCUGAUGGACAAGUUUCAUACAACGGAUUCGCUGCUGAAUUCACUGCUGUAUAA